AUGAAGACGGUCCUAGUUUGUUCAACUUUUGGGAUUUUAUUGGCAGUCGCCAAUGCAAGAGAAAUAGUAAAUGUCAACAGCGGCAGCGACGGCAGUGGUAGUUAUGGUGAAGGCUUUGGAAGUAAUGGCUUUGCAUAUGGAGACAGAAAAACAGAUGAACGAUUCCGUACCUACGUAAACCCGCUUGGAAAUAUAGUAUCCAGGGCACAAGGUGGAGCAGCAGAAAUCGGUGGAAUAUUGUAUCCCAGAAUUACUGACAAUGGAAAAGUAGUAUACACUAAAUCAGACUAUAGGAAUCACGGCAGCUAUGAUAGUUCCACUGUUACGUACAGCGGUUCUGGAAACAGUAGAAUCAGUGACGACUUCGAUGGACGCGGAGUUCUAGACGUCAGAUCUAAUAUCGGCUCAGAUGAAUCAAGACGCACUGCUGGCCACAACGGAUUCAAAGGAUUCAAUAGCGUUAACGGAUACAGUAACAAUGAAUCGGGAUUCAAAAGUGAUGUGAUAAGUGGAAGCGCUUUGCACAAACCUAAUGCAGGUUAUGGAGAUUUAAAUAGACUCAACGGUAAUUCUGGUGGAUUUAUAAGAAACUACGGAAAUCAAGAUAGAUGGAGUGAUAACAGUCGACUUGGUGGCAUCGGAAACAAACACUUUUCUGAUGGAUACCAAAGUUUAGGACGAUUCGGAAGUUUGAAUUUGGGGAAUACCUUCGGGGGUAUUGGAAAUGCAUUCGGGAACCCCUUCACUUUUCCAGGAUUUGGCGCAGGAUCGGGCAUUGGUGGUUUCAAUCCUAGUACUAUUUUUUCACAACUACCUGGUGCUAGUGGUUCGGGCCUAGGUGGCUUCAACCCUUCUACUAUUUUUUCACAACUACCCGGUGGUAGUUCUUUGUCCCAACUACCCGGUGGUAGUGCUUUAUCCCAAAUAGCUGGUGGUAAUAUAAUAAACCAAAAACUUGAAGACGAACUUGGGAAUUCUAAUGGAGGGUCUGCUUUCAAUGGAUGUGGCUCUGGCUCGUGUGGUGGUUACAGUGACAAUGGAAAAUAUGCAUUUGCUACAGCAUCCGCAAGUGCUGGGAAUUACGGAAAAUAA